AUACGCUGUUUUCACUUAAUCUCUGUGUAAACUGGCCCAUGUUGUGUAUCAUAAUAUUAAGUGAACGCGGAGACUGAUUUCGGCGUUCUUUGGAAUAACACACACACACACACACGUACCGACGCGUUGUUUUCUUUUCGAAAUUUUCCAUUACCGCAAGAUGCACACGAUUUUCCCCGAACAGAACGCUUACUAUCACCGUACCGGCUAUCCCACGGCCGCGGUCGCGUCCAACCCUUACGCUUACGAGCAAUAUUCGAGGUAUGGCUACGCGUGGCACCAGCAACAUCCCCUCACCACCGCCAAGGACAUGGUCAAACCGCCGUACUCGUACAUCGCGCUGAUCGCCAUGGCCAUCCAAAACGCCCAGGACAAAAAGAUCACACUCAACGGCAUCUACCAGUUCAUAAUGGAACGUUUCCCGUACUACCGGGAGAACAAGCAGGGCUGGCAGAAUUCCAUCCGGCACAAUUUGAGCCUCAACGAGUGUUUCGUCAAAGUGCCGAGGGACGACAAGAAGCCCGGGAAGGGUAGCUACUGGACCCUCGACCCCGACUCCUACAACAUGUUCGACAAUGGGUCCUACUUGCGCCGUCGGAGAAGGUUCAAGAAAAAGGACGCGUUGAGGGAGAAGGAGGAAGCCCUCAAACGGCAACAGAUCACCCCGGAAUCGCCGGCGGCGCUCACCAAACGGGAGGACAAGUGCAUGGACGAACACCCUAAAGGAAAACUGGGCGAGUGCAAGCCGAAGCGGGAACCCAAUACCGAGCUGAGUCAGUGCAUGAGCGCCAAAUAUGGCGACCCGAAAUCGGUGAUAGUUCACCAGGAGCACGCGUUGAGUGACGUGACGGCUUCGCUGCAAGCGAUAGACACCGCGGCCGCCUUCACCGUAGACAGUUUGAUGACGUCGCGAGAUCAGGCGUUGGGGUACCCCAAUUCCAAUCGGCUUCACUCCUCGGGGGGUAUGUACUCGUAUUGUCCGAGCGCUACACCCCAGCACCAGUACGGCAUCGCCGACGAAGCGACUACCCCGAGGUACAGUCCAUGGUACAGCCCGGAGACGUCCCCGGAAUCGGCGACAACCCCUACGGGAUACAGGGACAUCAUUUUCGACGGCUCAACUGCUCCUAGUUGUCAACUAGCCGCGUUCAGGCACUCGGGAGUGUCUCCGAGCCCGCCGCACAGCUACAGGAGCGCCGCCACCGGGUACUAUCAGCAGGAGUGCGUCGGCCAAAAGUACUGAGGGUACGCCUAUUGUUUAGAUCAUGUAAAUAUUAAGACUGAUCCGUUUUGAUGAGCUCGCGUAGUUGCAGUUUAAUUUGAAAGCACGUCUAAGCUGUAAAUUCACCGGGAAUAAUAGCUAUCGUUUGCUGUUUAUAGAGCUACGUCUUCGGUUGAAAUGUUGUGCAAAUAAUAGGAUGGUAUUCAUGGUAUAAUCAACACGCCGUAAAUGGCGUUGAUAUUCAGAUCGGACAGCUGGUUGGUAUAGUCUGGCAACUGUCGGUUUUUCUUUUGACAUUGUGAUAAAUCGUAUAGUACUAGGUAUGUUUAGGAAAACAUGUAGAACUGCGUUUUUUACCGUUUCUUUUCCUCGUUAAUAUGUUCCUCCCGUCGGAUUUCUUCCGGAAAUGUUUGCGAUAAUGCCAUUCCUUGAAAAGGAACCACACUUGUUGCAUUUAUUUUU